CGUUGUUCCUUAUUUAUUUGCAACCCUUUUGUGAAGAUAUGUAGUCACAGAACAGUGUUUUUUUCAUACCUAUUUACACAGCUAGCUAAGUUAAGAAGGGAUCACAGCGGCUAAGCGCGAAUAUGAUCGUGUUAAUUCGGUCAUAGAGGCAGCGAGUGAAUGUCGACGACACUACACCCAGUCCUUUCCUUCUCCUCGCUCGUAGUUAAGUAGUGUUGUAGUUUCCAUGGCAUGUUAAAGGUAUCGAAGAGAGCAUGGCAGCCUCCUUCUGAAAACUACAAGACCCACAAGCCCCUGCCCGUUCCGCGCGAUGCUGGGAGAGUUCACGUAUGUCGCGCGACACCCUGUUGCUGGGACGGAAAAAAAAAAAAACAACAACCCCGUUUCUCUCCCGUCUCCGUUUGUGUCUUCGAGGCUUCGGACUUCUGUGUUUUUCCGGAUGAACCUCUGACGUCGUGGGACUAUAAAUGUAACUGAGGAAAUAUCGCUGUGCCUCAUGAGAGAAUUGGUCGUGCGAGAAGCAUGGGGUCGAUACUUAGCCGGAGAAUCGCGGGAGUUGAAGACAUUGACAUCCAAGCAAAUUCCGCCUACAGAUACCCUCCCAAGACCGGGAACUACUUUGCCAGCCACUUUUUCAUGGGAGGGGAGAAGUUUGACACUCCACACCCGGAGGGCUACCUGUUUGGGGAGAAUAUGGAUCUGAAUUUCCUGGGGAACAGGCCUGUGCAGUUUCCCUAUGUGACACCAGCACCCCAUGAGGCUGUCAAGACCUUAAGGAGUUUGGUCAACAUCAGGAAGGAUUCUCUUCGUUUGGUCAGGUACAAGGACGACUCGGACAGCCCCACAGAGGAGGGAGGCAAGCCCAGGGUGCUUUACGGCGUGGAGUUCACUUUCGACGCCGAUGCUCGUGUGGCCAUAACGCUGUAUUGCCAGGCCUAUGAGGAGUUCUCCAACGGCAUGGCAGUGUACAACCCCAAGACCCCUGGCAUGGUCUCUGAAACAGUUCACUACAAGAGAGGGGUGAGCCAGCAGUUCUCCCUGCCCUCCUUCAAGAUCGAUUUCUCCGAGUGGAAGGAAGAGGAGCUCAACUUUGAUCUAGACCGAGGGAUCUUCCCCAUGGUGAUCCAGGCAGUGGUAGAUGAAGGAGAUGAGAUCAUGGGGCAUGCACAUGUUCUCUUGGCUGCCUUUGAAAGACAUGUCGAUGGCAGUUUUUCAGUGAAGCCUCUGAAGCAGAAGCAAAUUGUGGAUCGUGUGAGCUACCUCCUUCAGGAGAUCUAUGGCAUCGAAAACAAGAACAACCAGGAGACAAAGCCCUCGGACGACGAGAACAGCGACAACAGUAACGAGUGUGUGGUGUGCCUGUCGGACCUGCGGGACACCCUCAUCCUGCCCUGCCGACACCUGUGCCUUUGCAACUCCUGCGCCGACACGCUGCGGUACCAGGCCAACAACUGCCCCAUCUGCCGGCUGCCUUUCCGAGCCCUGCUGCAGAUCCGCGCUGUCCGGAAGAAGCCUGGAACUCUCUCCCCUGUGUCUUUCAGUCCUGUCCUGGCACAAACCAUGGACCACGAUGAGCAUUCGAACUCGGAGAACAUACCUCCCGGAUUCGAGCCCAUUUCCCUGUUGGAAGCCCUGAAUGGCUUGCGCUCCGUGUCCCCGGGGAUCCCCUCAGCCCCCUUGUAUGAGGAGAUCAAUUUCUCGGGGGGUCUGGGGGACCCCCUGCCCCUGUCUGGCCGGCCGCUUGGCUCAGUGGAUCGUUCUGGGGACAGCAGCCUCCAGAAGAGCAAAGUCAGCAAAUCUCCUGACAGCACCCUGCGCUCGCCCUCGUCUCCCAUCCAGGAGGAGGACGAGGAGAAGCUGUCCGAGGUGUCCGACGCCCCGCCCCACACUCUGCUCUCCAGCAGCCCUGCUUCCACGGAGCACACGGCGACAGAAGAGGCUCCGGAGUCUGUCACGCCCGAUGAAGACGAGCGGCCGCGCUCCGUGGGGGAGAUCCUGCAGGACUGCAGCAGCGAGCGCAGCAGCCUGACCAAGACCGAGAGCGACCCUCCAGUGGAGCUGUCCCUGCCAGGCUCGUCUGAGUCGACGGAGAGCCUGAAGAGCCAAAGCACCAACAGCUCCAGCCAGCCCCUCCUGUGUCCCACGAGCAGCCUGCACAUUGAGGACGAGCAGCUCACCCCCUAAAGCCAGCCUGGUCCGUUUCGCCCCCGAGCAGUACCCACUCCUGGCCAGUCGCCCGCCCGCCUCCCUCCCUCCCUCCCAGAUCAGCCGGCCCUCCGGGCCUCACCCAGGCCGGCCUCUGCCCGCCGGGGGCUGUGGUCAAUUGCAGCUUUCCGGAACGCGAAGGCUGCGGGUUUCGGACGUGACUGUGCGAUCCUUCGGGGGGCUUGAGUCCACGUUUGGCACUGCCGAACUGAGCAGUGGCUUGGGGAAUGGCUGUAAGACUGGCUCCAGCUGGAGAACAGCGUGAACCGCAGGUUUGGAUAACCUUGACUGUAAUUGACAACAAAGCCCUGCGUCUCAUCCAGGAUAAGUGGCUUGUUUCCCCAGUCCCCCCUCAGUCCGCGGAGGGUCCUGCUCGCUGAGGCUCAGAAGAGCAGUUCCCCCAGCUGGGCUCUCUCCCCCUGCUUCUGCAGCUUCUGCCUCCAAGCCCUUCUGCAGCCUUACUGAGCCCCGCGAGCAGCAGAGGUGUGUCUGAGUGAGGCAGACGUGCUGCACACACUCAGCUGGGAAGAGCCAACGCGUAUUCCCACCCCAGCUUGACAUUUUAUCAGAGUGCAUUUAUAAAAUGUCAUAAUUAUUAAGCUAACAAAGUGUUUAAAUAUUAUUAUAGCGUUAUUUGGAAGUAAAAAUUGGUUAUCCCCCCCCUCCGCAGUAUCAUCUUGGCAGUGGUUAUAUGAGAGGCACUGCAAUGCUUCACAGUUAACUGUAUUGUGAAAUAUCACUUGUUUGGAAAAGGUUAAAGAUGAUGUUUAAGGUCACUACGAGAACUGCGAGAUUACCAGCUCGCGUUGAUUAAUUGAUUUUUAUUCAUCUGACUGAAAAAGGCACUCGUGUGUGACAUUUGUUAUUAAUCUUCUGUAUAUUCACUACAGCCUGACCUUUUGAAUGGAUACAGAAACAAAUCUGGCAAUGACUGAGUAAAACCGUAUAACAAGUAAUUGCAUGCUGCCCAUUACUAUCGAAAUGCACUUAAGGAAUUUAAUGUUUUUUAUCCGUUUGGAUAAAGGUAUUUUCAUACCUUGAUGUAUUUUGAAUUAUUGACAUGAUUAUCCAUAGUACUCAGUCAGUACUGAAAACUGGGAAAACUCAGAAAAGACACCCUGAAACAAUAUUGUACUUUUAAUUGUCAAGUAAAUAUACUAGUAUCUCAAUACUGUGAAGCAUAGGUUUCGUGUACAAUUUUUGGUUUCUCUUAAAUUGUAAAGCAUCAUCAGAAUUUUGGAGAGAUAUAAUCAAGAUUUACUGUUGACGACUUUUUACAUUUUGUUAACCAUAAAUCGCUAUAAUCCCUUUUUUAUGAGACAGUUGCUGAUCCUAUAGUGAUUACACCUAUACAAUAAACGUGCGACUGUUCUUUUGUUCGUUGUUGUUGUACAUUCAUGUAAUAAUAUGUUUGGUUGAAAGUA